GAGCACUGUGUGUGUCGCAUAGUUCCUCUACCGUCUGUACUUUCUUCUCUCUGGGAUUUCUGCCUUACACUUCUCCUCGUAUAUAAGAGGCCAGAUUUUAGAGAGACAAUAAACAGCGCCUGAAAACAGCUCUCAGAAGAUGGAUUUGUGCGUGUUCUGCCUCCUCUUGCUCAGUCUGCAGUGUGUAAAGGGGACCGCGACCUACUACACACUCAAACCCAACGUCAUGGUGGUGGUGCGAGAGAGGGGCCUCUCUAUGACCCAGGUGCCAUUGCUCUGUGGAGAAUCCUACGAGCGUGACACCAUCGUCUGGAGGAUCAAAGGCAGAGAGGUUGCCCAGGGCAACCAGGUGAACGUCAACGUGGUGAUGAUGCAGGGCGGGAACUACACCUGCCAUGCCCAAUCCGGGGCGCUGCUCAACCACACACUGGUGCUGGUGCAGGCCAUGGACAGGAGGAUUCUGGACAGGUCACCUGACUCAGACUACCUUCACUGUUUGUCUAAAAACUACAGUGGAGUUUUUCAGUGUUCCUGGAGGUGGAGCCAGACCAGGAAGGAGAGAGCUCCUGAUCUCUUCCUGGUGACUGCGAGUCGCUCCUCCGUAGAGCUCACCUGCACUCUGGGUCCAAGCGGGCAGUCCAUCACCUGUCGAGACCACUCCCACUGUCCGUACAGCGAGGAGAGGAGGCGCAUCACGCUGGCCGUGUACGUGAAGAACCAGUUCCGCGUGGAGAAGUACACGCAGGCCUUCUACAUCGCUGACAUAGUGAAGCCGGACAGGAUCCCGGUGACCAGGCUGGACACACGCUCCCUUGAGUGGGGCUACCCCGACACCUGGAGCACCCCCGGAUCCUAUUUCCCGCUCACCUUCCAGGUGAAGGAGAUCUCACGGAGGCACAACUGUGACUGUGAGGGCCACGGGCGCAGGAGGUGCAGGAUGGCGCUGCACACCACAGAGGGCCUGCAGUGGCCAGUGAGAAGAGGCUUCCUGGUGUGUGUCCGAGCGCAGGACGCCCUGUGCAACUCCACGUGGAGCGACUGGAGCCUCGUUCGUACCAACAGUACAGGAGCAGGAGGAACCAAGAACAAUCGAAAACAAAAAGUAAAAGUGAAUAAUAGGAAAGGGGAAAAGGGGCUUUAAAGAAUAAAUGCAGACACUCAGAAGAGAUUUGAAAAUUGACGGUCAGAUUUAUUAUGAUUUGUUCAUAUUUUUGCACAACCCUGACAA